UGGUAUGAUACUAUAUUUUUACCUACAACAUUACCAAACACAUAGAAAGAGAUUAUUACAGUGCACUUGUCAAAACUACUAUUACUACUACAAGGCUGGCAUCACAUACAAUUAUCUGCAUUCAUUUACACACUGAGGGAACUACUGACACAGAACUUUUUCGAGGCACAAUGGAAAAUGCUUACAAGCUUUUUUACUUGAUGACCAUCUUGUCAUAUAGCUUUUUUUGUAUUCCAUCAAAUGCAGAGAUAAAUACAAGAUCUGCCAUUAUUGGGAGAGGAGUCAACCUAUUCUGUAAAAAUGAGUCUCUUGGUUAUCUCAACCAGCUAACAUGGAUCAAGAAUAAAACCAAACUAGUAACAUUUGUUCCACCAAUAACAAUACUCUGGUAUCAUGAAGCAUACCGCCUCCAAAUAAAUAUGUCAUUAUCUAAAGCCCGAAUGUAUGCACUGACCAUUGACAAAGUACUAUGGGACCAUACUGGGAAUUACACCUGUGAGACCUCAACAGAGGCAGGAUUAUGGGAGGAGGACUGGAUACUCAACAUCACUGAUAAAGAAGAAACUGAGCCAAAAACUGAGCAAACUUUUUCAGUGCUUAUAAUUAUAAUCACUGCAAUUUGUGUUGGGGUGAUUUUUGUUGUUUCUUUAACCAUUCUGCUCUUCAAACUACGAAAACACAACAACACACAACAUGGUGCAGCAGAAAUGGUAAACACUGUUCAGUUUGAGAAGCACCAAGACAUUUAUGAAAACUGUCUGGGAGGUCAAAGCAGUCAAUGCCAUCACAUUUACUGCAACCCAAUGUAA